AUGCACCAGUAUGAGAAUUAUAUGGCACAUUUGGAAGCUUUAGUUUUUCUAGUGUCAUGUUUAUGUCAUGAUAUAGAUCAUAGAGGAACAAAUAAUGCAUGUCAAAUUAAACGCUCUACGGUUCUAGCUAGUCUUUAUAGUUUUGAAGGUUCUGUAAUAGGCAGACAUCAUUUUGCACAGACCAUGCGCAUCUUAAAUAAAGAAGGGUGCAAUAUAUUUGGAAACUUUAAUAGUGAAGAGUAUAGUGAAGCAUUAGAUUUACUGAAAAAUAAUAUACUUGCAACUGACUUAGCAUGCCAGUUUCGAACGGUAGAAAAACAGGAAGAGAUGGUUAGAAGUAAAUUUGACCAAAAUGACUCAGAACGAAAGAGAUUAUUUCUUAAUAUGAAUAUGACAUGUUGUGAUCUUAGUGAUCAGACUGAGCAGUGGAAAGAACAAAUUUAUGAUGAAUUUUUUUCACAAGGAAGUUUAGAAAAAAGUAUGAGUAGUUCCCUCAUAGAAAUGAUGGCUAGAGAAAGAGCAUCUGUGCCAGACCUACAAAUUCAAUUCAUUACAAAUAUAGUCUUUCCACUUUUCAUCAAUCUUUCUACAUUAUUUCCAAUGGUAAAACCACUUGUUGACGUGCUGAAAGAAAAUCGAGUUUUAUGGAAGAAGUAUUACAAGUUUAUGCUUAAAGUCAUACAGGUUUCUGAAGAAAUUCUACUAUCAAAUUAG